AUGUGGCCCUCUAUGCUCAGCGCCAGGCUGCCCGCACUGCUGCUGCUGGCGCUGGUUCUGUCCCCGCUUGGGAUCCAGGGGCGACCCCGGGGACUUAGGGCAGCGCGCGCCACCAAACUCAGGCCACAGCUUUUCCUCCCAGUGACAGGGACUCGCCUGGCUCACAGAGUCUCCAGGAAUGCCGAAAUAUUUCCAAGAGACUUGACCUUGAAAGACAAAUUUAUAAAGCAUUUCACAGGGCCUGUCACAUUUUCAGCUGAAUGCAGCAAACACUUCCAUCGGCUUUAUCACAAUACCAGGGAUUGCUCCAUGCCAGCUUAUUAUAAACGAUGUGCUAGAUUGCUGACGAGGUUAGCUGUGAGUCCACUGUGCUCCCAGACCUAGGCAACAUGUGCUGUAUUUCAUCAGAUGCAAUAUAAUUUGAAGAAAAGUACCUGGAAUCACAUUUAAUGGAAAAAAUGGAAAUGUUUAGUUUCGUGUGAACUGACAUGAAGUAACAUCCAGAUGA